AUGAGCCUGCCACGGCCCGGGCAAGUCGCACGUUCACCUGCCAACGUACCAACACGAACUCAAUAUGAAGCCCGACACCCGGCACCAUCUCCUUCCCAUCCCAUCAGAUCGCCACUGCGACCAGUCGAGCCGCCGCGGGGCCCUGCUGCUGGACCACCGUCUCCUCCUAAAGGGCCCGGUAGGCGCGGACCUUCGCCUAGAUUACCGGAUAAACCUUUGAGGCCGAGUCCCGGGGGGGAUAAUGAGCGUGUUGAAAGCCAAUUGCAAAAUAUAAGGCCACAGGGCCCCUCGGGUCCCUCUUCGCCCGGGCACCAGAAUGGCGCGCAAGCGUCAAGAAUCCCCAGUCAACCCCAAGCUUUCAAUAAGCCGCACUCUGUAACUCCGCUGUCCGCCCCUUCGCCUGUCCAGCCGCCAACCGGCCCUCAGGCUCGCGGAACGAACAUGUCGUUACUUUCCGUACCAACGCGGCCCAGAGGUGGCCCUCCUCCUAGCUCUGCGAGGGACGGCCCCGGUCCCCGCGAGGGAUCAUGGCCAGGGCCAGUUCGACACAACUCCCCGCCGAUGUAUCAUAAAACCCCUACUGGACCCCGUGCCAACUCUAAUUAUGAGUCCCAUCGCCCGUCUUCGUUUCGGCAUAGUAGUAGCUCAUCCACCCCCUAUUCCCACACCCGUCCUCCACGUUCUACCAACUAUCUCUCAGGGCUACCUCCAAUAGUGCCUGGUGGGAAACUGCUGCCGUCCGGCUUGGAUCCCAGCCGCGAAAAGCGCCUAGCACAACUAGAACUCGAUAAAGAGAAACUCCUAGAGCAGAUUGAGGAAAAGCAAAAGGCCAAGCGGGCGGGACUGAGGGAAUGGGAGAAGCUUAGUAGAGAAAGUUCUACGGGUGCACUGAGGAGUGAACUUGCCGAGGGCCAUUUACAACGAAUGACAGAGGGAGAUGGGUUGGGCGGAUCUGCUUUUUAA